UAUUACACAUCAGCCAAAUUUUAUUUUCAAACAGUUCUCUCAGUGUACAUACAUUAUGAACUACAGAUUAUUUUAUCAAUACAUCUAAUGACUUUAUAUUUCUUGAAUAUUUUAUAAAAAUAUAUUUAUGCAUGUGCAGGUCAGUUUUUUCACGAGUUUUUGCUUGCGGAACAGUAAAUGUUCGGCUAUUCAGAUUGACCAUUAGAAAGUUUGAUUGUCGCUUCUAUGACGGCAUUAUAGCACCAAAGCUACUUUCCAGCUAUACCAUUCGUAAAUAAUAUAGAACUUAGGUGAAGAGGACACGUGGAAAACGAUGCAUCGUCAGUCUUAUAAAGUGGCUCGUAGCUUUCAAACGCGUUUUAUUCCGUUUCGAGAAAAAAAAGCUUUACGUAAUACGCUAAAUCAGGAAAACAUUUUCUUGAUACAGUGAUGAAUUAAACAGGAUACUAUUAAUCAUCGACGUUCUAUGUUAAGAAUGGGGUUCCUCAUUAAAUAGUACCCCAGGCGAUAUAUCUAUCCGCGAUAUUAUAAAGACGACUUCGAUAUUAUCUUAUAUCUUCGUAGAGUUACAAAAAAGAGGCUCAAAUGCAUUCAGCCGUAAAACAUUGGUUGCAACGUGGCGAACUUGAAAAGCUCGAAAAUGUCGUGUUAGAGGGCCGGGGCGCGCGUCUGAUAGGCGAAAACUCGCAGGAUCUUAGAACUCGUGUCUUCCUGAAGGGACUCCCGAAUUAUUUGACGAAGAUUUCUCAAGUGCACGAUGCUGUUGCGCGCGGCUCGUUAGCUGAAACGCAGAAGAUAAUAUCCGAAGAGUCAAAGAAGAAGCUGGCGAUUGCGAAGGAUUCAUGUGGGGUACCCUUGUUACACAAAGCAGUCUAUUACGAUCAACCCGAGAUCGCCGCUUGGCUUAUAGAAAAUUAUCCUAUCGCGCCACAACAGAAAGAUAGGGAGGGACGAACAGCUUUGCAUUACUGCUCUGUGUGUAAAGAUCCCGAUUCGAUUUGGGAUCUUCUUAUAGAAGGCGGAUGUGACGCUAGUAUUUGCGACAAGAGAGGAAAUCCGGCCUCUUAUUACCUGGAACACUCUACGGAGAUUGAAUUACCAGAAAUAGAGAUGACAACUCGACGAAGGAAAAGUACCGGAAAGGAUAGUAUGGAUUUCAAGCCCUCCAAUAUCAGAAUAUGGAUCCACAACAAGGACAUUGGAAAAUUGCAGCAGGUGCUGUGGGAGGGACAUGGAUCUAAACUUCGAUGCGAAACCAGCAAUAAUCCGCGGAUAAGAAAAUUUCUAGAGGCCGUGCCAUUUAUUAUGAGCACAAUAAAGGAGAUCCACGCGAUAGUCAUUAAUAACGAUUUGGAGGGUUUCAAGAAGAAAUUGGACGAGCCUAUUUCGCCUAUUGUUUUGUGCGGCAAGGACGGCAAUGGUUUAAAUUCCCUACAUAAGGCUGCUGGUUUGGGAUAUACGGACAUCGCGCGUGAAAUCCUCGAAAGAUGUCCCGCAACGGUAUCGGCUCAGGACAACGAAGGAAAGACUCCGCUGCAUUAUGCAGCUGCACUUAAGGAUGACGGCGUUAUGUACAAUUUACUAACGGAACACGGUGCCGAUGAGAGUAAAUUGGAUAACAGACAAAAGGCGCCUGCGUUCUACAAGAAUCGUCCUUCGGACGUAGACCUGUCAAAUUUAGCGAUGAUACCGGAUGCGCCUCGAGUUUCCGAUACUUAUCCAAAAAGUUGGGACUGGAAAAUCUUAGAGGUAGGACAAGCCAUUAGGCGAGGCAUGAAGAAAGUUAGCAGUAACGACAGCGCUUUCGGUAGCGCCGAAUCCACGAUGAAGGAUUCGAAUGAGAAGAGAACUGAUGAUGAACAACAAGAGAACGAAGAGGCCGAGACUCCGAAUGGAGAGGAAAUACAAAACGAAGAGGAAGUACAAAAUGCAGAUGAAAAUGAAGGAACCAACGAGGGAGGAGACGAAAAUGAGGCUGUAGAAAAUAAUGAAGAAGAAACCGCAAAUGAGAACGAAGAGGAGCAAGAAGAGAAGGCGUCAUCAGACGAUGAUGUGGUAACUGGGUCUGUCGCGAAAGACGAGGAAGAUGGGCCUGAAACCGCGGUUGAUGAGGACGACAUUUAUGAGGCAUCCCCGAAGAUCGAGAAAACCAAUGAAGAAAGAAACGAGCCUAGCACCGGCGAUUCCGGAGUUGAUGAUCCUACACAAGACGAGGAGCAGCAGGUCAUUGUCGGCGAGCAUGAGGAGCCCGCGGAAGUAGAGUUGACUGAGGGUAGCAUGGCCCGUGAUCUAGACGUGGAAAGCUUAAUGGAUAGCGGCAAUAUGGAACAAUUAGCAGCUCUUGUUCUUAAUGGUGAAGGGCGACGAUUGGUCGGACGACAGUCCGGAAAUCCUGAACUCCAGGCUUUCAUCGACAACGUUCCGGCUUAUAUGGGAAAAAUCCAUGCUGUGCACAUAGCAGCGCGAGAGGGAAACCUUCGCGACUUACAAAGUGCACUGGAUCGGCGCAAAUUCGCGGUGGCGCGAGACGAGUCGUCACCUCAUGGCGCAACGCCAUUACACGUCGCCGUUGUUUUCGGAAAUACCGCUAUCAUCAGGUAUCUGGCAGGAAGGUUUCCAGAAACCGCCAAUGCGAUCGAUCUCGACGGACGCACUCCAUUGCACUACGCCGCGACGCUCGCAGACAACGGUCAUUACUAUAAUCUUUUAUUACACCUGGGUGCCAAUCCUUUAGUACUGGAUAAUUUCGGACAAAAGGCAGACUAUUACAAGCAAAAUCAAAGCGAUCUAUCACACAAAAAGCUUCUUCGCAAUUUCGGAGCUAGCGCGAGAAUCGCCGACGAAAUGUUGACGGAUAAAGUACCUGGAGGUGAUGUCUACUCAGCUCGACGAGAUGUAAGCGAGCCUGAAAUCCUGGCUACCCUAGAACGAUGUUUCCGAUUGCUGGCGGGCAACCGACGAUCAUCGAUACCGAAGACCCCGAACGCCGGUACACUAGUCGCUCGUUGUCUGCAACGGCCCGUAUUCGAUUUGCUCAAGCACCGUGUGACUCGCAUGGACCACAAUCUUUUUGAUGUGAUCUGGCCUACUCUGAAAAAAUACGGUACCAUCACGGGCAACGGGAGCAAGACUAACAGCGCCUACUCAAACGUCAGCAUCGUUGCGGACGAAGAUCACGGUUACGGGGUGGUUGCGCCCGACUUCGAGAGUUAUGUCGUCUUUACGGAGUUCUUCGAUCCUUUCAUUCGGGAGGUACAUGGUGUAACAGCGAGCGGCGACCUACCCGAUCAUCCGUCACCACGUUUCUUUAGUGUCGAAAGCGAGGAAGGCGAGGAGGUUCUGCCGGAUGAAAUGAUCAUCACCGCGAUCGAACAAUACGAUCUAGACCCGACCACCAAAUAUGUUCAAGCCGGUAUUUUAGAGUGCACUCGGAAUCUAACCAAUUAUAGUCUACCGUUGACUCUGACAGUCAAUCAACUGGAAGAGGUUGAGAGGGAAAUUACCAAUCAAUUAAUGAGUCCAGAAAUAACUGACCUAAUGGCGGAAGGCAGCAGCGAGGACGAGGCCGGCACGUAUUUCACACUCAACGAAAUUCUCGAACAACCCAGCCGAAUACGGGCGCAACUGGCGGCAGCUGGACUACUGUUACCGAUCACAGAGUUCGAAUUAAACGAUGACCGACGUCUUCAUGGCAAACAUUGGCCCUACGGACGCGGUGUAUACGUCACCACCACUGGCGAUCUUGCCGCUUGGGUAAACGUCCAGGACCAUUUGAGAAUCGUCUGUCGUACUAACGAGAACCGUCCAGGACUGUUGGGUCGUGCUUACGUCAGAGUAGCUAAACUGAUGAUGAUAUUUGACCAGCGACUGAAGUUUAAACGAGAUCAGAAGUUAGGUUUCUUGACCGCACGCCCGCAAACCCUCGGCAACACCAUCAGAUUUUGCCUGAUCAUACGAUUUCCUGAACUUUCAAAAACGCCUGAGAAUUUGCGACACCUAUGCGUGGUGCGUGGUCUGAACGUACGCGACACCGUGAAGAACGACAUGGUGAGGGUCGGUAAUCAACAAUCGCUGAGCAUUACCGAACUGCAAACCCUACAGGAUUUCUCCAGAGCGGUGCACAAUGUCAUCACGCUGGAGAAGGAAUUGUCUGUAAAUAAUUCAAUGAAGAUCGCCAAUCUCAUUACCGAUGAUAGUGACAUUUCAAUAUUUCGUACGGAGCAAGGACAUUACUUAGCAUCAUCGCUAGGUGAUCCCUUAAUCAAAGGAUUAACGGAAGUUGCUAACGCACGUCCAAAGGAUCCAAUCACGUAUCUCGCGACAUAUUUAUACAAUUUUGCUAGCAAGAACAAAACCAAGGAGCCGGAAUCCGAUAUUCUCAUUAUACCUGAUCGCGAAGAAGAAAAUUUGAAUAAUAUCGAGAACGGCAACACGUUCGACGAUGAUGCUGGCUAUCCCCGAAGCCCAGAUUCAGACAUACCUGAAUCUACAUUUAGCAAUCCUAAUAGGGAUGAACAUGGGCAAAGUAUGAUCCACUUCGCAGCAGUUCGUUCUUAUUCGAAGGAUGGUUUGUAUCAUCUGCUACUAGAGACGCUAGUCAAUGUCGGUUUUAGGGAUGAAUUAUAUCGGACAGCCAGAGACGUUGCUGAACAGGCAAAUAUCCGAGAGAACGUCGAAGAGAUUGACCGCUUCGUUGUUUAUCUUGCGGCAAGAGGUGAGACUGAAAAGUUAGUAGAGCUUCUGCUCGAGGGCUACGAUCAUAUUCUGGACGCCGAAGACGACGGAGUAAACAUCAUCGACGUGGCCGCGCAAAGAGAUCACGAAGCUACCGUCCAAUUUCUACAAUCAAUUCCUAAUUACGUGAAUCAACGCGAAGAAGUGCACGCUGCCAUUCGGGCCAGCGACGAGGAACGGACGAGGGAACUUUUAAGUAAAAAUAAUGGAGGUGGAAAAUUGCUGGCGGUUGGAAAGAAUUCGAUCGGCCGAUGCGCUUUGCAUAUUGCUGUACUCCGGGAAGAUGAAGGGCUCGUCAAGUUUAUCGCAAAAACGUAUCCAGAAACAUUACGCAUCGGCGAUAAUUUGGAGAGAACGGCACUUCAUUAUGCAAUGGGCGUGCCGUCCGUGGAGGUCUUGAGUAACAUAUUGAUUAAGACAGGCGCGAAACGCGUCGUCAAAGAUCUGAAAUCUCGGCAACCUUCAUAUUACUUCAUGAAUAAGUCUGAUAUCGAACGACUUCAAGAAGAGGAAAAAUCAAUGACUGUGUAAACUAUUACUUGCUAAAUAUUUGCACUGAACUCGUAAUAACACGAUCACGUUUAAUACGUUUAUGCGUUUCAUUGAAAUGUUGCGGAAUCAUGAAAGAGGGGAAAAAGAAGCUGAUAAAUAUAGAACGCGACAGAUAAUCUCCAUAUAAAGUAUCGAUUAUUUACGACGUAAAAUAAAUUGUAUUUCGAAGAAUUUUAAAGUUCUUUCUGUUAUUUAAAAAUUAUAUAUAUUCAAUGUUAUUUAAUUUGUAUAUAUGUAUACUAGACAAAUAUUUUGUGAAAAAUUUCGUCGCCAAGAUCUGAAUUAGCUCUCGUCGGCCGUUAAAAAAAAAGUACAAGUGUUACUGAUGUCCUUGAAAGCAUACAGAUUCAUGAAUUGUAUGAACUAUGUAUGUGUGUGUCAAAUGUCAGUCGAGACAGUUUAGUGCCUUAUAAAUAAAUGUAAUGAGACUGCAAUAC